AUCGUAGCGACGCUCUCACACGUGAAAUUGGCAUAUUUAUAAUUCUCCCAAAAUACAUUAUCAAUCAUGUCUGGAAAUGAAAAUUCUGGUGAUGGAGAAUUCGAUGAUGUAAUAAAUGCUGAAGACAUCCUUCAUGUUAUUGAACUUGAUGAUAAUAGAGAUAUAUCAGAGGUGAUGGAAGAAGCUGACCUUGGUGAAGAUUUUGAUGAUGAUAUGGAGGCAUCUGGUGGUCAAAUAGAAGUUCAAGACAUGGCUGGGGUAGUCUUUGAUAAACACAAAGACGCCGUAUUUUCUGUGCAUAUUGAUCCUAACACCAGCCAACUGGCCGUAACCGGAGGUCAGGAUGAUACAGCGUUUGUGUGGAAAAUCUCCACUGGAGAAGUUCUCUUUGAAUGCACUGGUCACAAGGAAUCUGUUACAUGUACCAGUUUUAGCCAUGAUGGGACGUAUGUAGCCACUGCCGACCUGUCAGGGCUGGUAAAAGUCUGGAAAGUUGAAACAAAGGAAGAUGUCUUCACAUUUGAGUGCUCAGAUGCUGAGUGGAUGAAGUGGCAUCCUGCCUCCCAUGUUCUGUUUCUGGGCACAGUUGACGGCGACAUCUGGAUGUGGAAGAUCCCUAGUGGGGAAUGUAAAACCCUCCAGAGUCAUGGCUGUACAGUCUCCUGUGGGGUCAUUCUCUCUGAUGGAAAAAGGAUGUGUGUUGGAUAUGAUGAUGGUUCACUCAAGAUUUGGGAUCUGAAGUCUGUCAGUGUUCAACACAAUAUAACAGGAGUGAAUGCCCACAAGUCGACAGUCCUGUGUGUCGACACUCACCCCGUCAACAAUGUGAUCCUAUCUGGGUCAACUGAUGUAACGGCAAGAGCUUACAACAGUUCUACAGGAAAGUUACUGGGGUCAUAUGAUUGUUCAUCGCCGGAAACUGAAGAGGAUUCGGUCGAAGCAGUGGCCCUAUCUCCAACGCACAGUUAUGCUGCUACAGGGACAGUGGCAGGGGUAUUAAGUAUCUGGGACACAAAUACACAGAUUUGUAGGCACAAGUGUCGGCACGAGGGGGGUAUAGUCAGUGUACAAUGGGAUCGUUUAACCCCACAAGUAUACACAAGCUGUUUAGAUGGAGCUAUACGAUUAUGGGACGCUAGAAAUGGUGAGAUGGUCUCAAAAUGGACUGGACACACAGACUCUAUACUGGGAUUCGAUGUGUCAAGAGAUGGCAAAUAUUUGGUGACAGUUUCAGAAGAUAAGACGGCUAGGGUUUUCUCCCUCAGCACUUCAGAUAGAUAGGGCUGAAAACAUACAGUUCUUUGUAAAAAAAUAACCAGAAAUAUUUUGCAUAUACAUGUUAGUCAGGUAUAUGGUAAUAAUUCUAUUCAAAUAAUUUAUUCACAGUUUUUAAGUUUUCAGAGCAAUAAUUGUAAGAAAGGAAAAGCUUUCCUGUUUCAACCGCACAUAUCACAGGGGUGUUAGAUUGUUUGCUUCCAAAUGUUGUUCAAAGGUCAUUUUCCCCUCUUGGACAAAAAGCAUUUCCAAGUCUUGGUCAAAAGUCAUUUCACACUCUUGAUGAAAUGUCAUUUCCCACUCUAAGUAAAAAGCCACUCUUGGUGAAAAGUCUUUUUCCACCCUUGGUAAAAAGUAAUUUCCCACCCUUGGUAAGAAGUCAUUUCCCACUCUUGGUGAAAAGUCAUUUCCCACUCUUGGUGAAAAGUCAUGUCCCACCCUCGGUGAAAAGUCAUUUCCCACCCUUGGUAAAAAGUCAUUUCCCACUCUUGGUGAAAAGUCAUUUUCCACCCUUGGUAAAAAGUCAUUUUUCAAUCUUGGUGAAAAGUCAAUUCCCACUCAUCAUGCUCUUUCAAAAUCUGUGACACUAUAUCAAGCUUGUCUGAUUUUUCAGAAUUGAGGUGAUAUACAACCUUAAUGUCAUUGUUGGCGUCGUGUGAUAUAAGAGGGGUGUUAUACAGCCUCAAUGUCAUUGUUAGCGUUGUGUGACAUAAGAGGGGUGUUAUACAGCCUCAAUGUCAUUGUUAGCGUUGUGUGACAUAAGAGGGGUGUUAUACAGCCUCAAUGUCAUUGUUAGCGUUGUGUGACAUAAGAGGGGUGUUAUUCAACCUCAAUGUUAUUGUAAGCGUUGUGUGACAUAAGAGGGGUGUUCAGAAUGUAAUUCAACUGCAUUGCAUUUUCAUUAGAUUGAAACUUCUCCAAAGUAUUUUUGUGUAAAGAAAGAUUUGUGAAGGUUUUUUUUUAUGAUCUGUGCCAGUAUUCUUUUCUAUACCCUUACUAUAUUUCUUUUAAAAUGGACUUAUCAGCCUUGUGUCAAUUUCGCAAGGCCAUAAAAUCUACAUUGGUUGUCUAUAUGAAGACAUAUUAGUAGAAGCCAGGUGAUUCUUUGAAAAUUUUAAGCAGUAUAUAUUGACCGCCCUACAUGCUGUUGCAUUGGCCUUAAAGCUGCACACUCACAGAUUGACCGUUUUGACAUCAUUUUUUUAUUAUCUUUUUUGUCUUGGAAUUAGCCAAUAUUUGCGUUUAUGUCUGGAAACCAGUGAUAUAAGACUUCUGACAAAAGAGCAGUUCACAUUUUUUUUAAAUUUUCGUUUGAAAAUUGAUGAUUUAUGGCUAACCCUUUAAGAAAACUGAAAUUUUCGGCAGUUUAUCAGACAAUUGAGAUCUGUUCUAUUGUGAGUUAUAUUAUAUGACUGAAUUGAAGCUCGGAUGCCAAAAUGAGCUGAUUCUGAGACCAAAAAUAUAUGAAAAAGUCAAAACUGUCUAUUUGUGAGAGUGCAACCAUAACUCAAUAGAAUAAUCAUGAUAUUCCCAUGAAAUUUAGUAAUCAUGUUACCUGUGAUAAUAAGCACAGUAGCAAAAUGUCACAUAUAUUAGUAUUGUCAUAUAUUUAUUUGAUUAAGUAUUGCCAAGAUAUGACCCAUGAACAACUAAAAAAACACUAGGCCAUGGUUUGCAUCUGCCUUCCUACUUUUGGUGAAUAUUAUACGAUGGUUGGGACUGAUUCACUGACAUGUAUUACUUCACGUUAACCAGGCAAUCCUACGGAAACCCUCGGUUAUUAGAUUGGGGUAUGUCGUUGUGCUGGCGGAUGGCAUCAAUAAUUUCUGUCCUAGCUGUAACUUGACAAUGCAUAAGAGGGUUUUAAAUUUACUUUGCGCAGAUGUCGCCAAUGGAAGCCGGUGUGUUAAAUACAAGACCCAUAUGAGUCAGCCAAAGGUCAAUGUUACUAAAGGGUCAUUAUUCAAAAUUUCUUGUUGUUUAGACUAAAGCUUGACCAUGCAUUGAGUAAAUUAUAAAUAAAUACAAAUAUUCAACAUGAGAACUGGUAUGUCAUAGGCAAGAGGUCAAGAUCACACUUCAGGGUCAUUGGUCAAAUGUCAUUGUAUAUUUGCUAGAAUUUGUUUGGGAAUUAAAAAAGAAAAUUUGGGAAUUAAAAAACAAAAUAGCACGAAUGUUCACCAUAUGUAGCUUGCAUGUCGCCUGAACAAAGCGAAUAAACAAUAUGAGUUCAAAUUCAUAAAAACAUUUCGAUCUUUAUUUUAAAAAUCUUUUACUGAACUGUGUCAUCAGUUCUAUCCAGCGGAGGGCUCGAACUUGUUGGCGUUUCCCCAAUAAAGCUCUGGUAUAUAUAUAUAAAGCGUCACUCUUAUGUCUGUUUGUCUAUCCAUCAUGUGUUCGUUUUGCCAAAAUCUUCUGAUUGGCCAAAUUGACAGCCUGAUUUGUGUCGCAUUGUGGUGUAUCUAGUUUUAAAGUGCUAGUGUAUUGUGAAGUAUAUGUUUAUCGUUAUUUCUGGUAUGCAGAGUUAAAGAUGUUUUCAAUUUCAAUGCAUUUACCAUGACUAAGCAAUAAUAAACCAACACUAUAUAAGA